AUGGAGCGGCGGCAACGCUCGCGCUUUUCCUCCGUGCAGUUGGUGCCUCCGCACUAUCGAGCUUCGGGCAUUGGCCGCGGGGGGCGCGGCGCGCGGCGCGCUGCGGCGUAUUUCGAGCAGCUGAUCGCGGGGCGUCGCGCGAAGUGUGGUGGCAGCGUUAGUCGUCGGCCCGCCCACCACCGCCUCCCUCGUCUUCUCCUCCACGCGCCCGCUGCAGCCGGCGCGCCUUCUGAAGAGCCUCCCGCUUCGAAGCAACAGCAGCCUCCCUCCGCUCCAGAGAUGUCCGGCGCGCUGACCAAGUUGACGCGGGCCCUCCGCAGCCAUGCGGCGUCGGCGCCCGCGCAGCGACGCGCAUAUGCGGGCGGCGCGCGCAUCCAGGCGAAGCGGCCCGUGGUGGACAUGGACGGCGACGAGAUGACGCGCAUCAUCUGGGCGCGCAUCAAGGAGAAGCUGAUCCUGCCCUACGUCAAGGUCGAGAUCCUCUACUACGACCUGGGGCUGCCGCACCGCGACGCCACCGACGACCAGGUGACGGUGGACGCGGCGCACGCCAUCCUCAAGCACAACGUGGGCAUCAAGUGCGCCACCAUCACCCCCGACGAGCAGCGCGUCGAAGAGUUCAAGCUGAAGAAGAUGUGGCUGUCGCCGAACGGCACCAUCAGGAACAUCCUGGGCGGCACGGUCUUCCGGGAGCCCAUCCUCUGCCAGACCAUCCCGCGCCUGGUGCCCGGCUGGACCAGGCCCAUCGUCAUCGGCCGCCACGCGCACGGCGACCAGUACAAGGCCAAGGACAUCGUCAUCCCAGGCGCCGGCACGGUGGAGCUGGUGUACACGCCCAAGAACGGCGGCAAGGAGCAGCGCACGGAGGUGUUCGCCUUCCCCGACCGCGGCGUCGUCAUGGGCAUGUACAACACCGACCAGUCCAUCCGCGACUUCGCCCACUCCAGCUUCCAGUUCGCCCUGCAGAAGAAGUGGCCGCUGUACCUGUCCACGAAGAACACCAUCCUGAAGCAGUACGACGGGCGCUUCAAGGACAUCUUCCAGGAGAUCUACGAGAAGCAGUACCGCAAGGACUUCGAGGCCGCGGGCGUGUGGUACGAGCACCGGCUCAUCGACGACAUGGUGGCGCAGGCGCUCAAGUCGAGCGGCGGCUUCGUGUGGGCGUGCAAGAACUACGACGGCGACGUGCAGUCGGACGUGGUGGCGCAGGGCUACGGCUCGCUGGGCCUCAUGACCUCCGUGCUCGUCUGCCCCGACGGCAAGACCAUCGAGGCCGAGGCCGCCCACGGCACCGUCACCCGCCACUACAGGAUGCACCAGAAGGGCCAGCCGACCUCCACCAACCCCAUCGCGUCCAUCUUCGCGUGGACGCGCGGCCUGGCGCACAGGGCCACCUUGGACGACACGCCGGAGCUCGCCAGGUUCGCCAACGACCUGGAAGAGGCGUGCGUGGAGUGUGUGGACUCAGGCAAGAUGACGAAGGACUUGGCGGGCUGCAUCCACGGGCUGCCCAACGUGAAGGAGGGCAUGUUCCUGCACACGGAAGACUUCCUCGA